AAAAUGUAAGUCUGAGUCGACGAAAGGAGGGAGAGUUCACGGUCUUGUCAACUUCACUUCUAGUUCUCUUCUUCAGUCGGGGCUUUUGGGCCGUGGAAGGAGGUGGAUGUACGGAUCGCUCUCUACUGGCAGGUUCACCGUCCAAGUUAAGACGAGAAUCAAGUGGCACUUUAAUCUAAUUUGGACAUCAAACCGAACCAUUACCUGAGCUUCAAGGUGGACACAAAAAUGGGCCUGAGAGGAGCUUGUGUUUUUAAAGUUAAUAUCUCGGCUUAUUUCUCAGAAGGAUUCGAUGAUGAGCUGUCUUACGUGACGCAAAGGUAAUCGGAACAUGUCGGUUCACGUACGUAGGACAUUUUAAUCAUUUUUAGAGGAGUGGACAAGGUGACUUGGUAUGUAAUAGGAAUACUCUUGGCGGAAAGUAUGUGAAAGAAAGAGAUUUAACGUCAUUUAACUACAUUUAACGUCUUUUUAAACUGUAAGGCAAUGAUAUGAUGUAGCCAGUGGUUGAAGCGUAGAACCACUUAAGAGAACAGUGACUUACCAUCACUGUGCAAAAAGAAAAAAAAAGAAAAAGUUGAAAUAAAAAUAAAAACGAAAAAGGAUUUAAAUACAGAAAGAGAAGUACGAAGCAAAAGGAAAUCACUUGGAAAAAUAGAAAUAAAAGAGGAAGACCUGACAAGAGUAAAAAAAAAAAAAGAAGAAGCAAAGGCUCGAACAAUCGUAAGAGACUGAUUCAAACGGAUAGCGAGAACGCGCGCACGCACGCACACCAGGGGGUAGUCUGGAUAGAAAAGGAUGCUCUGAUUCUCUUGUCAUAAGGCUCAGCUCUCGAAGUCUCCGUGAUGUACGCCAGUAGCAGCGGACUUGGGAUGGACAGAGCCUUUUGGGAGAACAAGUUCCGACAGCUCUUUUUGGGAGGACCGGCGCCUCACCUCGUAUCCAGCGCAUGCGCCGUACGACAUUGGAGGCGACGAUGAUGACAGUGAUGAUGAUAAUGAUAUGAUGAGACGAUUACGACGACCUGACCAGGAAGUCAAUUAGGCUGGUAUUACUUUGUCAUUCCUGUUGACGUCAACAAAAUGGUUGAUGAGGCACCAGAACAAAUGUCAGCCACUUGUUCUUCAACGCUCCCGUAUUUCUUCGCGAUUGAUGGAGAAGUACGAGAAACUGAGUAAGAUCGGCGAGGGCUCCUACGGGGUGGUGUACAAGUGCCGGAAUCGGGAGACGGGUCAGCUGGUGGCCAUCAAGAAGUUCGUCGAGUCCGAGGAUGACCCUCUCAUCAAGAAGAUCGCCCUCAGGGAGAUACGCAUGCUCAAGCAACUAAAACAUCCCAAUUUGAUAAACCUCAUCGAAGUAUUCCGGAGGAAGAGGAAACUGCAUCUGGUCUUCGAGUUCUGUGACCACACGGUUCUGAAUGAACUGGAAAAACAUCCGAAGGGAUGUCCCCCAGAGUUAACCAAACGGAUCACCUUCCAGUUGGUGACGGCAGUUAAGUUCUGUCACGAUUCCAAUUGCAUCCACCGAGAUGUCAAGCCCGAGAACAUUCUACUCACGAAGGAUGGCGUCGUCAAACUCUGCGAUUUCGGUUUUGCCAGAAUGCUCAGUCCUGGAGAGAACUACACGGACUACGUAGCCACGAGAUGGUACAGAGCACCAGAGCUGCUCGUAGGAGACACGCAGUACGGCCCUGCAGUAGAUGUCUGGGCUAUCGGCUGCGUCUUGGCCGAGAUGGUCAAGGGGGAGGCUCUGUGGCCUGGCAAAUCGGAUGUCGACCAACUCUACCUGAUCAGGAAAACUCUCGGUGAUCUGCUGCCUCACCACAUGCAGAUAUUCAGGAACAACGAAUUUUUCCGCGGCCUCACUGUCCCAGAACCUGAUACCAGAGAGUCCAUAGAUAGCAGGAUGCCCAAAGAUUUCACGGCAGGACUCGAUUUUCUUAAGAAAUGUUUAGACAAAGAUCCAAGUAAACGCUGGACUUGUGAACAGUUAUUGAGUCACGAUUACUUCAACGGAUAUAGCUUCAAAUUACCAGAUCAUGAACUUCAGGAAUUCGAAAAAAUUAGAAGGCAGAACUCAAAUGUGUCCGGGUCCAUGUUAUUCCCUCAACUGACCAACACCGGAUCCACGGGACAGGGAUCCUUCUCGAACUCCUCCUCUCCGGACAUGCGAAACGGGCCCACUCGUGGCUCGCGCAAUUUCGACCACCUGCCCACCAUAUGACAGAAUGGCCUCGCAACAUUCCAGCCGGCCACUCUGCCGCCUAACGUGGUGCCGUCGCCUCCUCCCCCACCACCCCCGAAGAGCCCCGUGAAAGCGAAGGAAUCCAACCCAUUGCGGCUGAUGUCCAGCCCUCCAGCAGCGACAAGUCGACAGCCUCCGCCACUCCUGGAAAGAUCCGAUCUCUACGCCAUACUGUAUCGUAAAUACCAUUCUUCUUAAAUGCCACUGCUGCUUGUGCUUGGAAAUGUAAAAGGCGUGACUACGUUUUCUUUAAAUGGCGUGAGUGCGUUUUCUUUGAUCUACAUCGGAAAAGGGUAAAGGAGACUAUGUACGUACACUAAUCAUCCAUUCCUUGCAUCUUAGAUUCUUGGGCGAGUCUCAUUCGAGCAGAUGGCUGAGACCGAAUUCGGAAAACCUGAGUUUUUGUGUGUUACAGAGAAUGAUCGAUCCACUAUGCACUUCGUUUGCCUUAUGACCUUCAUGCAGAAGCAAGAGAUUUACUACAGUGAAAGGAAUCAGCAGACUUGUCAUCUGUCCGCGACGAGAGAAUAGUUAAUAGGAAUUUAUAGAGAAAAUUACCGUCCAAUCUGUGAUCUGAGAGCUCUCUAGCCUCUCAUAGUUUAGUUUAUCGAAAUCAUCUCCUCCUUCUAAGACUUACAUAGAACAUUGUUUAACCUCGACAAACUCUUUCUUCUUUCCCUUCAGUGCGAAGAAAUGGUAGACGGCUGCGUUUGUAUCAAGCAAGGAGAAAUAGAACGAGCAAGGAAGCCGUUCCAAAGGCAAAUUCCGUCUACUACUACUACUAUUACUACCGCUACCCCUGUUAGUGACUGAUUUAUUUGACGAGAAAUUUUGGCACUACAAAGAAGUCGAUGUGAAGCGUUGAGCCAUGCGAUAAUUUCUCGUGAAAGAAGAUUGGUACUAUAUCUGCCGCCUGGUAAUUCAGGCAAGGAUAAAACCGUCCAUGGUACUAGAACCAGGAAGCAUCAUUUGUGUCAAAUUCCUGUGGAAGGGGUCGACAGCCCCCUUAAAGCAACACUUUUAAUGAACCACACACAAACUUACAACAUAGUUCGCACGUACUGUGCGUGUAUGAAUUCAUAGGUAUAUAUCAUAUAUUUUUUUCAUAUACUAGUACGCUAUAAAUAGUAUUUAGCAUGUUACAGAGAUUAAAAGAAGGAAACCUGUAUAUUGAAUUGUUGCAAAUAAUGUUUAGAUAUGAGAAAAUUUUUAUUUUCUGAUCCGUUCCACUAAAUGAAAACGUGUCUUUGACGUUUCGUUAACGAAACAUUGAAAUAAUCAAAGUGAUCUCUAUACUAAGGCCUAGGAACUUCGUCUAUAAGGAUUAUUCCAUAUUUUUUUUCUCUCUCUCUCUUUUUACAGCAUGAUUUACAAAAAGAAAUUCUAGCAUUCCAUGUAGAAGGAGAUUAUUGAAUUAUAUGCUACAAUAUAGAUGUAUAUUUUACUAUCAUUCAUUUUCAUUCGAUAUCUUGUGAUACCUCACAGACAGAAAAAGAUCUUGGCGUUGGGGUUCAUUUAGCUUCACCUCAUGUGAAAACAAUUAAUAUUAUUUUUUCUUAUUACGAGAACAUCUACUUUCAGUGCCCUGCCAGGCUGCUGUUACAUAUAUGCGUCUUAAUAUACUUUUAUUACCACUACUGUUCUGUUACAUGAUUAGGAAUAGCUGUUCAAAUGUUCCGUUACUAUUGCUAUUGUAUGAAUAGUAGUUUUUUUAUGCUGUUAUGCUAUAACUGCUCCUAUUACUAUGACUUUGAUAUCUGCUAUCAGGAUUGAGCAGCUAGGUAGAUAAAGAUAGAAAAUUGUUUUUCAUUUUAGGGGGGAGGACUUAAUAGUGAAAUUUGAACGUCAUUAUCUCAUCUGAAAUACAAAAGUCUACAAAAAAUAAAAAUAAAAA